AUGACAGGACUCCCAAAGAGCUCUCGGGUAGUGUCAGCAGUCCGCUACGGGGUCAGCUUCUGGACAACCACAGGCCGGAUUGAUGUUGAUUCUGUCGAUGGCAAAUGUCAAUCCUUUUUCAUCAAGAUUAUCUCCAAUGAGCAUGGUCUGUCUAUGGCAAGAGGCGAGUAUGAGUCCAUGGCAGCUAUAUAUGCAGUCACGCCUGACUUUGCACCGAGACCGAUCUCCUAUGGCACAUACAAGACCAACAAAGAAACCCACUUCUUCUUGUGUGAAUACCGGGAAAUGAAACCUGCUAUAAUGCCUGAGCCUACUUCAUUCGGAGCCGGUCUCGCUGAUCUGCAUAAGGAUAGUGUUUCUCCUGAGGGCAAAUUUGGUUUCCAUAUAACUACAUACAGUGGUAACUUGCCCCAGAAAAACGACUGGGAGGAUAGCUGGGAAGUCUUCUUCACGAGAAACAUGAGAUGGGCUCUCGAAUGCGAGAUCGCGGCCAAGGGACAUGAUCCUCAGUUUGACAUCCUUGUCCCGGUGAUCUUUGGAAAAGUCAUUCCUCGUCUUCUGCGACCACUGGAGAGUGAGGGAUGGUCUGUCAAACCAUCCCUUGUGCAUGGUGACCUUUGGUAUGCCAAUUCUGGGGUCGAUGCGAAGACAAACAUGCCUUUGGUAUUUGACGCUUGUUGCUUCUAUGCUCAUAACGAAUACGAAUUUGGCCAAUGGAUGCCAGCUUGUAAUAGAUUCGGUCCAGAAUAUCGUGCAGCAUAUCAUGCAUACAAUGACAUAUCUGAACCAAAAGAGGACUAUGAGGGUCGACUUGACCUAUAUAAACUGUGA